UCACAAGGCGCUCGCCAUCACCUCGCAUGCUGGCUGGUGGCCUCGGCGCUGAAGCAGCCACGAGGGCCUAGCACAAGCUCGGAGUAGCUCUAUUUGCCACCUACAGCAACCUCACGAUGAGCGUCGCAGCCGCCGCAAGCACCAGCGCUCACCGCCUUCCGACAUACGAGGGCAGUCUGCUCGUCAACCUUUCGGGAAGGUGGGAAGAAAAGUGGUGCGCACUGCUCGAUGGCAGCCUACACGUAUACCAUUCAAGAGUGGCUGCUGCGACUGAUCCCACGCUAGUCGCAGCGACGUACCAGCUUAGCUCCUUCGACAGCCUGCAGACCUCUGGAUCAUGGGGAGCCUCAGAGGGGCCCUUUGAGCUGAUCCUUUCCCUCAAAAAGAGGCCCUCACUCUCCAGCAGGCGAUCGAGCGGCACGUCUUCCAUGUUGCCUCGCGCUGCUACGAGCGGGUCUCUGCACGCCCUUUUUGAGCGUUCAGCCAACAUCGCCCCGCGCAAGAGUCCGCAGCCCAGCGGCGAUGCCGCGCCAGCUACAGCACCGCGCUUCAACCUUAGAGUCGACGCGGAAGAGGAGCCAGACGUGCCAGCCGAAGCGGCUUCGCCACCACAGACAUCAUCGAGGCUGAGCUCAUGGCUCCGCCUGCCUGGCCGCCCUCGCGUCUCGAGCUUCAAUAGGCUCAGCCCCAAGAGUGGUGGGAGCGAUCGUGCACUCGGCGAUCGCUUCCGUCGCGAAGCCGUCACUUCACCAAAAGAGGACCACUCAGCUUCUGUGGUCGUCGUGCGAGCUCCGAGCGCUUCAGCAAUGACGCGAUGGGCCGAAAUGAUCUCGCCGUGGCUUCAGCGAGCUGAGCCUCCCAGCAAUGAGCCCUCAAAUAGGGCACAAAGCUCCUUGACAGCAUCUCCAUCUUCUCGACCGCCAAAGGGCGAACAAUGCGCCCUUGCUACUUCGUCGGGCUCCAGCUGGGGCGGCGCCAUGACGCGCGUACGGUCGCGCCUUUCCAUCACGGAUCUCCUGGAGGAUGCUGGCAACAAUGCGCGACGACGACGUGUCGAGUCGUCCGCCGGGUCAGGCGACGCCUCCCAGACUGCUCAAGAGAGCGUUGUCGUCCCGCCUUCCGCACCUCGCCGACGUCUUCGCCGCUUGUCCAUUGAGACGGGCAAGAGGCUCAGUCUCAUUUCCGGUAGCAGCAAUACGAGCAGCAAUGCGAUGGCUGGCUCGUCUCGUCCCAACACGUCUUCGGGAAUGAGCGUCAAGUCCACGUUCGGCUCAAUGCGUCGCUCUGUCAGCUCCAUUGGGGAUCACCGCACGUCGGUGCAGAGCGACCGUAGAGCCAGCUCGCCGAUGGCCUUGUUCGCACUAUUCAAGAGUGGCGGCACGCCAGACGAGCCGCAUUCCCGGUCAACAACGGCUGCUCCACAAUCAGCCCCGCAGCGCUUCGUCUCGACGUUCCAGCCGAACAGAGCCAUGUCACCCACUCCCGAGCCAGCUCAGGAUGGCUCUCUCGACGAGAUCAUGGGCAACGAGCGACGACACGCCAUGCAACGAUUCGCAGAGCUGCGCAAAGCUGGUUCUCCUACAAUGGAAGCGCCAGACCCAUUGGCAGCCGCCGCCCCGCUGCCUUUCCCUGAGUCGAGCGCUCAUAGUGGGAUGGGCGGCGCUUCAUGGAUGAGCUCGCCGCCGCUACCUUCUUCCUCAGCCAUGCGGUCCAAGGUGUCGAGCAACGCCUCGUCUUCCACAUCGAACAACCGCGCAGCGCGUGACGUCGGUAGCGAUGAUUCGAUGACGGCCACGGAGCCGCCAACUCCUCGCACGCCCAUUGGCAUCGAGGAAGCUACCAGUCGGUUUGCAGCUUUCAGUUUCAAGUCCUCCAUCCGGCCAAGCAUACCUGCUGGAGCGCAGUCCGUUCAUCGCAAGCCUGCUUCCCGUGUAGGCGUGCGCGAGGUCUUCCCUGCAACGGGUAGCGCUACCGUCGCUCCGCACGAGCCGGUGCGUUCCUUCUCUGCGACGGAGACUGAGGCAAAUGGUAGUGCUUCCGGCCUGCCUUCGUCGACUUCGAUGCCUACAGGGCUGGGUAGGAUCAUUGGCAAGGGCGCCAACAAGAUGAUGCGAUUGGGCACGGCCGGCCGUGAUCUUAGCGGAGGCAAGUCGCCCGGUCGUAUCUGCGAGGUGAUUGCUCCUUCUUCACCGACAACGGAAGGCUCGAACACCGUCUUCGGUUCUCCGCUGCCUGAAGACACGCCAUCCCCGCUGAUCAUCGAGCGGAUCCUCCCGCCCGAGGUCAUGGUCUCCCGUAUGGACGCCAUCGGACGACUGGGCCCCUACGAGGCUGCUGAGGCCAAGCGUGACCUGCGCUCCGAGGCUGCGGCUACGAGCCCGGCCUUGACACCGAGCAUGAGCGCGACUGCAGAAUUGGGCGGCAAUGUGAGGACGAGGAAAAAGAGCGCCAGCUCGACUUUGGGUCUGGGCAUCUUUGCGGAUGAGGAGCAGCAGGUGCGCGCCGAUGAGGGUCGUCAUGAGACUACGCACCAUCUCCCAACAUCGCGCUCUCAUCAGCAGCUACAGAGUACCUCGACACGGCCACGCAUCCCCUUCGAGGACUUGACUCGUCCCAACGCCGUGCCCGCUGCAUCGGUGGCCAAGAUGAGCAAAGCGCCAGUCAGCCAUUCCAUCGGCCUUCCGGUUCCACCCCGUCAAAUGGGCAAGAAGCGCUCGGCGCCCCUUCUCAGCUGUGCUGCGGAGGCCGAUUCCGCCGCAAUGACUCCCAUCGCAGGAUCGACGCCCGCCAAAAACCGCGAGUCGGCCUUCACUUCGCCCCCGAGGAAGAUGGCCACGCCACCUCGUCGCAUGCGCAGCGCCGCUCUUGCCGCAGACAAGGAGAACAAUGAUGACGCGUCAGCGAUGCCUCCGCCAUCCACCCUACCCUGGCAGACGAAGGACGCGGCAGCAGCCUCGCGUCGCUUUUCAUUGGCCUCGCACGCUUCCCUCUAUCAAUUCGGCGCCGGCAGCAACAGCGGCACGAAUAGCCGACGCUCAUCAGUGCUGAGCACUCACUCCUCUUCCACCUCAGCUUCGCGUCGCGGAGGGCACUCGCGUCAUCACUCGCUCAUGGCUACUCGCCAGCAACCUCGUGCGAUGGACAUGACGCACAGCUCUUUCGGGCCACUCGAUCACGGCGCUUCGAAAGAGGAAUUACGCGACGACGCUGAUGACGACGGGGAAGACGGGUUGGAGCGAGCGGGCAACGAGUGGCGACAGUGGCUUCGCCGCCAGCAGCAGCAGCAGCAGCAACAGAGGCGUCCUGACUCUGUGGCGACCACGACGGACGCGGGAUGGGCGACUGGGUCGAAUAGUACGACUACUAGUGCGAGGAGCAGUACGUACGACGAUCUGGAAGGGUCGUCAGUUGAAGCUGCGCAGAUCUACGCUGUUACGGCCAGGCUGAGGCCGGUGCACAUGAGGACGCUGAGGACUACGAGUCCCACGUCAUGAGGACUGGCGAAAGUUCGCCGGAAGGGGAGCGCGACAUUCGUGUGACCGUAGGGGUGGUGUUGGAAUGGAGGAGACUGAGGGGCUCUGGCGGCUCGAGCGCGUAUUUGGGAGGCUUCCUGGAAACUUUUGUACUGCUACAUCUUCUGCAU